AUGGAAGAAGCUAGCAAGCUGCUGUCCACGAUCGACCUUGAUGAUUACACCAUCAAGGAAGUCCAGAAUGGCUGGGAGACGACUGAAAAGCGGCUCGGAGGGCCCAAGAUGGCGGGCGAGGAGGUCUUCGGCAAACUGAAGGCCGAGUUGCCCAGAACUGGGGGCAUGCUGAAGCGAUCUAGCACGGUAUGGCACCUGCUCAACGAGUUGCUACAAUCCUUGAGCGACCCCAAGGUGGUCCAAAAGAAGUUGGAGUACAUCGCUCUGCGCCAUAUGAAUGCAGACAUCACUACAGCGGAUGUGGAGGUGUUCAAAGGCAUUCUACUGGAAGUGUGUGCGUCGAAGUUGGGAGGGCUGAUGACUCCUGAGUUUCAGUUCGGGCUUGGCCAGAUCAUCGUGGCGGUGGGUAUGUCGUUAGCGAAGACGCACGAGCACUAUGCGCAGCGGCUGAAGCUUCUGACAGAGUGCUGGAAGGAGGUUAACGUCACUGAGGACGAUGAGGCCAACGAGAACGCAGAGGAGCAGCACGAGCACGCCCAAGGCCACGCGGAAGGCCAUGAGGACGCGCAGCAAGACCAAUCAGAUGCUGCGUUAAACAACAUGGAGAAGGGCGAGAAUGAUGCCCAUGGGCAGUGGAGAAAGGAUGACAACAUGAACAUUCCAAAGACGUUUGCAGCCAUGGCACGUUUCAACGCGGCCGUCAUGGGUACGGGCGACCGCAUGUGGUUUGCCGACCUCCUCUACUCCAUGGAGUCGCUGGUACCCCACAUUGGCAACAUCGACCGAGUCCAGGAAGAAUGCGACGUUCUCACUCUGACGCUGGCAAAAUACGAGAAGGUUAACCUGAAGGAGUUCCGCUCUGUAAUGUUCGCCAGCCUGAGGUCGCUUCUGCCUUCCAGCUGGUGCCUGGAGCAUGAGAACGCCUGGUCUUGGUUUUGGAGCAUUGUGGAGAAGCAGGUCGAGGAGAAAAGGGCGAUCGCAUCCCACCACAAUCAGUGUUUGAAGUCGUUUCUUGCACGCAUGGACGAGGAAGCUACAAACACGUUCAAGCUCAAGGUCUUCGACACGUUUUUCGCAAAUUGCGAGGAGUCGCAGCUGUACCUGCGCGCGGCCAACAAGCGCUUGAUGUACAUCAUGGGACGGAUUCUGACGAUCAUGGGAGACAUCUACAGCAAGACGCACCAGGCGGUCAUCGCGUUGUCUGGAUUGGGUCUACUUCACGCGGGUCAUGGCGUCCCUGAGGACUUGGUGCGGCCUUUUGUCGCGGCGUUUAUGCUUUGCAUGAAGGAGGCAUGCCCGGACGAGACUCUCUACGAUGGGCUUUGGUGGACCUUGGACUUGAUCGGCAGGAUUUUCAUCCGGACGCUGGCGGAGGGGUCUACGCCGGUGAUCAUUGCGAUCAACAAGAAUACCUCUAAGGAACUGAAGGCAGCCGUGGCAAAUGCUCCUCGCGGGGAGCGCGAAGUGAUCUUGCUCAAGGUUCAGGUCGGCAACGAGUCUAUGUCGCCACUGAUUUGGGCAAUUGAGAAGGGCGCUUUGGAGUCUGCUGGGGCCAUCCUCAAGGACUUGCUCACCAUGCGUGCAGACCGCGGACGCUACUACUAUGGCAUGGAGGCGAUUUGGGUCCGCCAUCCGGACAUCAUCACCCUGCUGUGUACCAAAGCACCGUCUCUGCUCGCAACGCUGUUGGAUGGCCUGAUCUGGCGUUCCAAGAACGUGAAGGAAGGCAUGCGCCGCGUGAACUACUACAUCAGCUCCAUGCUCGUCAGCGAUGAGGGCCUGCUUACCAACUCGCUCCUGGACUUGAUCAAGCACGGUGACCCAGAAGUCGUGUGCCACCCUUCCGCCAUCUUCCAGGCCGACUUGCUGUGGGUGCGGCUUUGUUGUUUGCCAUGGGCUCUCACGAAGCUGUGGUUUUGCGUGACCCUUGUCGUGUUCUGCCUGGCCGAGCAGUAUGGCAUCGUGACGACUGAUGUCCACAGCCACGAGCGCUUCACUGUGAUUGCAUGCCGGGCGUUCCUGUACUUGUUUAGUCUCGGCCAACUCUUUGCCAAGCACGCCGUUCAGACCUACAGAGCUGUUCGCCGCAAGCAGAUGAAACGGCUCACGUGGUGCGUGCAUGUACCGGCUUACCUACUGCAGCCGCUCAGCUUCCAGCUUUGGACCUUCUCCACAUCCUGGAAGCAUGGAGAG